AUGGCGGGUUCAAUGCAUAUGUCGCGACUGCGGAACUGGUUUCUCGCCUCUCCGCCUGUUGAGUUCGCCAUCACGAACCUGAAGGACCUGCUGAUCGGCGCGCUCCAGCAGGGCCCUAUCCCUCAGCAUGUGGCCUUUGUUAUGGAUGGGAACAGGAGAUUCGCCCGCUCUCAUGGAAUCGAAACAGUGGAGGGACACAACUUGGGAUUUGAGGCUUUGGCAAGGAUCCUCGAAGUCUGUUACAAAAGUGGUGUAAAGGUAGUGACGAUCUACGCCUUCAGCAUCGAGAACUUCAAACGGUCGAAAUUCGAGGUGGAUGCGCUUAUGGAAAUGGCCAAGGUGAAGCUGUCACAGAUGGCCCAGCAUGGCGACCUGCUAGAUCGAUAUGGCGCCAAGGUCCGCGUCCUGGGCCGCCUUGAUCUCCUUAAGCCCGAUGUCCUGGCUGCUGUCAAUAGAGCCGUCGACCUGACUAGCCGCAACGGAGACCGCGUCCUGAACAUCUGCUUCCCCUACACCUCCCGCGACGAAAUCACCACCGCCAUCCGUGACACAGUCGACGACUAUAGUAAGCCGAUCCCAAACGCCCGCUCCGCAGCCGCCGCAUCCCGAACACCCUUCUCGGAAUCCCAUAUUGCACAUAAUAUCCGCGCGCAGACGCUCAGCUCGAAAACACACGAUACACCCAGCGACUCGGAAUCCACAUCUGGAUCCUCGGCCCAGGAUGACGAUUCAGUUACUCGAAACGACCGCACUAACCGUGUCUAUGAGUCCGGUUCCUCCUUCUCAUCCUCCACAACCCUCCACCUGGGAGGCCAACAAGAGCCUCACAAGGGCUCACCACAGACUGCCGCGGCGGAAUCAGACAGCCCAGUCUAUAUCUCCCCUGAAACAAUCUCCCGCCAAACCCUCAACGACCGCAUGUUGACCAAGGGCACACCACCCCUCGACAUCCUAAUCCGUACAUCGGGCGUGGAACGCUUAAGCGACUUCAUGCUCUGGCAAACACACGAAAACACAGAAAUUGUCUUCCUGGAUGUAAUGUGGCCGGAAUUCGACCUGUGGCAUUUCCUGCCCGUGAUGCUCGGCUGGCAGCGACGGAUCUCCAAGUCGCGGCAGGACCCUGAUGCAGAGGGCAACUUUGCUGGUGAUAGUCCUGAGUCUAGUGAGGAAGACCUCGAUGCUAUGCUGUUGCGCCAAGGUGGCAAGGAUAAAGGCAUCUAG